AUGUCUAUACCAAAAUCAGCUCCCCUCAAAGUCGGCGUUUUAUUAUGUUCUGUGGGCGUGCAGUUGCUUGAUCUUGCUGCAGUAGACCUUCUGGCUAUGACCACGCCAUUCUAUCUCAAGGCGUGCGGACUUCCGGAGAAUAUCGUCAAUGCUGGCCAUGACUUCGAGUUUCGCUACAUAGCGGACGUUAUUAAGGGCAAUAAAGAUGCCCCAACGUACGCUGAAGUGACAGCGAAUGUGAAGGUUCACAUUACUGACACGUUGGAUAGUGUUGAUAAGCUCGACUACCUCGUCAUCCCAGGUCCACCACCAUCAUACCAACCCUCCGCAGAAACAAUUGCGUUCAUUCAAAAGCACACUGCGUCCGUCCACGCAGUACUUAUCAUCUGCACUGGAAUCCUCCCUGCCGCGUUCUCCGGCAUCCUCUCUGGUAAACGCGCCACCGCGCCACUCGGUAUACUCCCGCUCCUGCGCGAGAAGCUUCCGGACGUGAAGUGGGUUGCGAAGCGUUGGACUGUGGAUGACGAAAGGAAGAUCUGGACGAGUGGAGGCGUAACGAACGGAACAGAUUUGAUGGCUGCGUUUGUUAAGGAGUUGAAUCCGCAGGUAGGAGACUUGGCGUGUAAGCUUGCUGAUGUUGGUGAGAGAGGAGAAGAUUAUCCGGAAGAGCUGUUGAAGAUGAAGUGGGAGCUCAAGUGA